GGCUUGAACAGGAGCCAAGGUCGCAGCGCAGGAGGGUGUGUUGUUCUGUGUGUGGCUUCUCUAGAGCCAGCCAGUCGGCAUGGACCUGUCCCCAAGCACAGCAGUUCAGGCAAAUCCUGAAUGUGACGCUGUCCUGGAGGUGGGGGAAAUGUGCUUUCCUGUAAACCGGUGGGCACUGGCCUGCCACAGCUGCUAUUUUGAGGCCAUGUUCUUUGGUGGCACCCGGGAGUAUGCAGAGCGGCACAUCCGGAUCUGGGGGAUUGAGGCAGAGCCCUUUCAGGCACUUCUAGACUUCACCCAGACGGGCAGCCUCUACAUCACUCCUGGCAAUGUCACCAGCCUUCUGCAGACCGCCGACUUCCUGCAGUUCGAGGCUGCCAAGCGGCGCUGUGAGGCGUUUCUGGAAAGGGAGCUGCACGUCUCUAACUGCCUUGGCCUGAGGGCCUACGCGCAACACUUCGCCUGUGCGGCACUUGCUGCUGCUGCUCUCAAUGUGGCCCUCACCCACUGGGCUGACGUGGUGGCCCACGGAGAGGUCGAGACGCUGCCCAAGGAAACGCUGAUGGAGCUGCUGCAGAGUGACGAGCUUUGCGUGGCCCGUGAGGAUGUGGUCUUUGACACAGUGAUGCAGUGGGUGGUGGCAGACCUGCCAGGCAGGGCCAAGGACUUCCUUGAGCUGGUGGGGCUGGUGCGGGUCUCCUUCCUCAGCCUCCCCUUCCUCAACCUCCUGGUGAAGCGCAGCCAGCACCCUGGACCGGACACUCCUGCUCGGCUGCUGAAAGAGCUGGACCGCUUUCCGCCCCCAAGCUGGAGGGACGUUGCCCGGGCCCCCUGCGCGAGCCGGAGCUACGAUACCCUCUUGGUGGUGGCCGGGAAACGUGACCAGGAGCAGCAAGAGCUCUUCCACUUUCUGCCAAAGACCAGAGCGUGGCAGGCCUGCUCGCCCCUCAGGCGCAGGAACUUCACCCAGUACGCGGUGGCUGCAGUGGGCAAUUUCCUCUUCGUGACGGGAGGGAACUUCCGUGAGGAGUUUUUCUGGGCCCCUGUGGACUGGGUUUUGAUCUACAACAGCUGGGAUGACAGCUGGCUGGAGGGGCCAGCCAUGAAGGUGGCUCGGAACAGCCACUGCGCAGUGGGGGUUGGCUUCCAUCUGUAUGUGAUGGGGGGAAGCACCCCUGAGGGCAUCACCCCCCGCGUUGAGCGCCUUGCCCUGGCAGAUUCCUCCUGGGAGCCUGCCAGUCCCCUGAUCCACCCCGUGGAACGAGCCGGAGCCGCCAGCGUGGGGACGCGGAUCUACGUGGUCUGUGGCCUGGACGAGAACGGGGAUGUGUGUCGGGCAGUGCAGCGGCUGGACGUGGAGACGGACAUGUGGGACGUGAUUUCUUUCUCGCCGCUGCCGAGGUGAGG